AUGACAAACCGCCGUUUGAGAGCUAUUGUUAAAGAGGUGGAGAUCACUACGUGUAGGAAACGGCUUGGUCUUGUUGAAGAUUGGUUCUUCGUCUUUGAAAAAGACGGCGUGUGGCGCGCCUUUGAUCCAUACAACAAGGUGUGGCACAAUGUUCCACUGAUGCCAGAGCCACCGUCUUGGUUACGCCCCCCUGGAGGGUUGCCCUAUCACGAGAUUAUGUGCGUAGGAUCGGAGCUUCUAGUUUGUGGCGAAUAUCCUCGUGUGGAUGCCAUGUACAAGUUCCAGGCGCUCACCGGCACAUGGAGCUUAGUGGCGGGGAUGACAAAUCAACCAGCUUUUGGUCACGCAUGGGCAGUUCACGACGACAAUAUCUUCGUAGCGGGAGGUUGUGACGCGGACAGAAUAACAUUAAACUCCGCUCACGUGUAUAGCUCGGUGACUGGCCUUUGGAGUCCGAUUCCUCCAAUGACUCAGCCUCGGAUGUGUUGCAAAGGCGCUUUCAUGGACGGUAAUUUUUAUGUUGUUGGAGGCAAAAUAAGUCAUCAUGACGAGCUGCAAAUGAAAAUCGCUGAGGUCUAUGACCCCCACACCAACACUUGGUCACUGAUUCAUGACUUCCUAACAGAUGAAAUGGUCAGUGAUUCAUAUGCCAUUACCGUCGUCAACCAAGAGAUGUAUCAUGCUAGCUUUGGUGGUGAAUUUGGUUUUAUUCACAAGUAUAGCCGAAGGAGUGUUGAAUGGCUUUACAUGGGGUGCUUUCCCUGGAAUUCUUUACCAAAGGCAGAGGCCUAUCACAUGGCUGCUUAUAGGCCAGUAAGGGAGAAGCCCUUCGAGCACCUGGUCCUCAUGCUGUGGCGAUUCGAGAAAUCUGAAAUGAAGAGGUACGUUGAUGUUUAUGCCUCUACUCCAAAACCAGUGUUGAACUGGAUACUUCUAACGUCAGAGUCUAUGGAUUUUGGGAGAUUUUCUCAGCGUCUGGGAGGAGUAAUGGGGUAUUGA